AUUGGCCAGGCACAAUUACAGUAAUAUAUCAUGACAUACUGUGUCAUAACCUGGCUGCGUUAGCUGGUGGCCAUAUGGCAAGGCAUUUUUAAUUUACAUGUUAGGGAAUAUCAUGUGUGCCAUGUGGUGACAUGGGAGAGAACUGUGGAGACGGAGUCUUGCGCGAAGGUUCAUCAUCCAUGGGUGAACGUGAUUUUGUUGAUAAAGACAAGCUGAUACUAAGGGGCUUGCAGUUUCAUGGAUUUCAUGGUGUGAAACCGGAGGAAAAGAAGCUUGGGCAAAAGUUUGUGAUCGAUGUGGAUGCUUGGAUGGACUUGAGCAAUGCUGGUAAAUCUGAUGACAUUUCUGACACAGUCAGCUAUACUGCUAUUUACCGGAUAUUGAAGGAAGUGGUGGAGGGUCCGUCUCAGAAUCUGCUGGAGUCGGUAGCUCACUUGAUUGCAAAUACCACGUUACUUCAAUUCCCUCAGAUAUCUGCUGUGAGGGUGAAGGUGGGGAAGCCUCAUGUGGCCGUUCGUGGCACCAUCGACUACUUGGGCGUUGAAAUCCUCAGAUACAAAAAAGCGUCCUCUGUGGAUGAAGAGGCUCUGCCAAACCAUGGAUGUGUUGAUGAUGAUGCGAUCGGUCCUUAUCGAAAGGUAUGUAUCUAUCUAUCUAUCUAUUAUAUCAUCGAACAUGUGUUUUGACUUGCUGGCCACGCACAUAGUGGGCCGGGUGUCUUUAAAAGUCGUGUUGUUGAACCGUCAGUGAAUCCCAGUCGAUCGAUCGAUCGAUCGAUCCUUCUUAUUGAUUGAUUGGCUAAUAAACAAGAAACAAAGGACCA